AUGUCGAAUCACGAUGUUAGAAGAUUUCCCAAUGCAUCCAGACCAGCCUUUGCCAAAAUUACCAACAAAAAAGUAAGGGCAUCAGAAGGCUCAUCAGAAUCUCAAGAUAACGGCCCAGAAAUUAUCGACCAUUCCCCUAUAAAAAGUUCUCUCGCGCCACUCUCUGCCACUCAGACAUGCAAAUUGUGUAGUGGUCAAGAUGAAUAUUCAAAAGUUUUGCAGACAGCCUUAAAAGAGGUCCUUGACCAAAAUGAAGCUCUUAGGCUCAGAGUGAUAGAGCUUGAAGCUAUUCUAUCAAAAACAGAGGACGAUAUUGAAGAAAAAGACGAAUUAAUUCAAGAAUUGCAGACAACUUUAUCAAAAAUAAAAUCAAGCAAGGCCAAAAAAUGUUAA